AGAAAAAAAUCUGGGAGAGAGAGAGAGAAAGAGAGACGUUCAGAAAGAAGAAGCAGAGGAGAGGGGGAAAUCUUGAAAUAAAUCUUCCAAAAGGAAUAUCUUCUAUAACUUUCUGUCUUAGUUCUUGUAGAAAAUCAUGUAUCCUCCCCCGUACUGAAACUGAUUCCAUAAAAGAGAAAGAACUUUGAGCAAUACAACAGGAGCCCAAGACUUGUUAGAACAGGAGUGUCUGGCUUAACUUUCCAGAAUCCAAAAAAGAAACCCUUUGGAUUAUGCUUGUAAGGCAAAGACUCAGAAGAUGAGGGGGUUCGCUGCCCUAUAUGUGGCAUUACAUUCCUUGUUUUUUUUUCAUGGAAGUUCAGCGCAGGAGCAAGCUAGGUGUGAAAAUAUCUAUGAUUCAGAUAUUGUAUUUGUCGUCGAUGGAUCCUCUAGCAUCGGAAGGGCGAAUUUCCGGAUGAUAAAGUCCUUUAUGGAAGGACUCGUUAUUCCUUUUGUAAAUGUAGUAAGUGAAGAAGGUGUCCGUUUUGGAGUGAUUCAAUACAGCGAUGAUCCCAGAACAGAAUUUACAUUUUCCCGUUACCGCAAUGGGACAGAGUUAAUUCAAGCUAUCAGAAACCUCAGCUACAAAGGUGGAAACACAAGAACUGGUGCUGGACUUAGAUAUGCUUCGGACAAUUUCUAUGGACCAAACACCAUCCGGGAUGUUCCAAAGGUGGCAAUUUUGAUAACAGAUGGCAAAUCACAGGAUGAAGUUGACCAGGCAUCGCAGAAAUUAAAAACUCAAGGAGUCAAAGUAUUUGCUGUGGGUAUAAAGAACGCAGAUAGUCGGGAGCUGACCCGUGUGUCAUCCACGCCAACUGAGGAUUUUUUCUUUUAUGUAAAUGACUUUAAAAUUCUUGGCACUCUUCUCCCCCUGGUGUCUCGGAAAGUUUGUGUCAGCACAGGUGGUGUCUAUACAGAUGACUCGACCACUUACACAGGACCUUCCAACUUGGUCUUCUUUGAACAAACAGCAGGCUCCUUAAGGAUACGGUGGAAUGCAGCAACUGGGCCCGUCACCAGCUAUAAAGUCCUUUACAUUCCUCUAACAGGUUUAGGACAGCUGAUUCCAUCAGAGCAGAGAGAGCUCACCAUAACUGCAGGACAGACAGAAGCCAUUUUGCAAAGUCUGAGACCAGGGACGGAGUAUUCUGUUAGCAUUACUGCUUUAUAUCCCAACAGCAUAGGGGAGACCGUUUCUGGCAGAGACAAAACCUUAAGUCAGCUUUCUAUAUUAAACUUUCGUGUGACGGAAUCUGGUCCUAACUUUCUGAAAUUGGCAUGGACUCCCAGUGGAGCCGAAUCUCCUCGAGGAUACCGGCUCACAUUCUUAACAAGAGGUGAUGGAAGGACAGGAGAAAAAGUACUGGGUGCUGGCGCAGUGUCAGACACCCUUAGUGACCUGAUACCUGACACAGACUAUGUUCUCGCUCUAUACCCUCAAUACCAGAGACAGGCUGGCAGCCCAACCACAAUUUCAGGACGCACACGGCCCAUGGAAGCGGUUCAGGAUUUGGUCAUGCAGAAUGUCAGGUCGCAGAGUAUGACAGCAACAUGGAGAAGUGUCAGAGGUGCCACAGGCUAUCGAAUCUCUUGGGUGUCUCAGUCAGGUGAUGAAGCAAAGGAUUUUGAUGUGGAUGCAAACAUAAACUCGUACUUAAUGCAAAAUCUUCAACCCAAUACGGAAUAUAUUGUGUCUGUCAGUGCCCUGUAUGGUUCCACAGAAGGGCCCGCUGCGCAGACGAGAGUUAAAACAGAGUCAGCAAUAUUCCAGGUACUGAGGACAAUAGCAGAGAGCCCCACAUCCAUUCAGGUGAUUUGGAACGUGAUCCCAGAAGCCAAUGGCUAUAGGCUGGAAUGGAGACGAUCCAGAGCUGGUGCAAAAGCUCCUCAAACAGUAAAUUUGCCCACCAACACCAACUCAUAUCGGAUCACUGGACUGAGACCAGGAACUGAGUAUCAAAUCACAAUUUACACCCUAUACGAUGGAAGAGAGGUGGCCACACCUGCAACAACCUCAUUGACAGACAUAUCAGUUGGCCCCGUGACAAAUUUCCGUUAUCUAGAAGCAACGGGCAGUAGAAUCCGCUUGGCCUGGACCAGAGUAACUGGAGCUACAGAAUACAAAAUUGUAAUCCGCAGUGCUGAUGGAUCCUUUGAACGUACUCAACGAGUACCUGGAAACCAGGAAACGUUGGAAAUUGAUGAUGUUCAAGAGAAAGUGACAUACACUGUUCAGAUAUCUGCAUUAGCUGGCAGGAAUGAGGGAGUGGCAGUUCCCAUCACUGUGACAACUGAAUCUGCGUCUAUCGGCCCUGUAACCAACCUACGAGUACUGGAUAUUAGGAGAGGGCGUGUUCGUCUGUCAUGGAAUGCAGUCCCAAGAGCCACAGAGUACAGGAUCUUCAUCAGGAACUCAGAAGAUCAAAAGGAACAAUCCCAGAUAAUAUCAGGAGAUCAGACCAUCUAUGAGCUGGCCAACAUCCAGGAAGGAGUUACAUAUGUAGUAAGAGUAAUUCCAGUCGUUGGUACAACAGAAGGAAGCCCAGCUACGAUUAAUGUAAAAACAGAAAGAACAGUGGUGGCUGGAGUGACAAAUCUUCGCGUGGUGGAGUCAGGCAUCAAUUCUCUGACAAUUGGUUGGACUGGUGUUGCCAGAGCAACAGGGUAUAAGGUCACAUGGAGGCAGGGAGAUGGUCGUCAGUUCAGCCAAACCCUUCCAGCCGGUACAACAGCUUUUGAGAUCAGAGGUCUUCAAGGAAACUCAGUUUAUGCCAUCGGUGUUUCGACUGUGAUUGGAUCAUCAGAGAGCAAUCCUAUCACAAUUACCGCACGAACAGAUGAUGACUCUGUAGAUCCAGUCUCCAACCUGAGGGUCGUGGACAUUGGAGAAAGUGUAGUCAGAGUGGUGUGGGAUGCCUCACAACGUGCAACUGAAUAUAGGAUUACAUGGAGACGUAGUGAUGGUGCUGAAUUGUCACGAAUAGUUACAAGGGACGUCACAUCCAUUGAAAUUCCAGACCUAGUGACUGGGACUAACUACAUAAUCCAAGUUACAGCUCUGAGAGGAACCAGAGAGAGUAGCUCAGUGUCUGUCACAACACGAACAGGUGUUCAGGAAGUUGGAAGGGUGACCAGUUUGCAGGUUCUGGAGAGCAGAAACAAUGUAUUACGUGUGACAUGGGUUGGAGUUCAAGGGGCCACAUCUUAUAGGAUUUCCUGGAGCCCAACAGAUGGUGGUCCGGAGCUGACACGAGAAGUCCCUGGGAAUACCAACUCCUUUGAAUUGGUCAACCUGGAAAGUGGAGUGAAAUACACGGUGAAAGUAACGGCAUUGAUAGGCAAUCGUGAAGGGAAUCCAGUCAGCACAAGCAUCACAACACCAUUUGAAACAACAGUGUCUUCGGUUAGUAACCUGCGUGUGACGGAUAUCUCAGGACAGCGUAUAAGACUUACCUGGAGUGCUGUGUCAGGAAGUACUGGCUACCGGAUCUACUGGAGACGGGCAGAUGGUGGUCGUGAAACAGUUCGUCUAGUUCCUAGUAAUGCACAAUCCUUUGAGAUCGAGAACCUGCAAGCCGGUGGCCGAUAUGAAUUUCGAGUAGUAACCUUGAUUGGAGAUCGGGAAAGUGAAGCCACAACAAUCCUGGCCAACACUGGAUGUGGUACCGGUCGAACAGACAUUGUCUUCAUGGUCCAUGCAACACGGGACAACGCGUAUAAUGAAGAGGCAGUAAAAGAGUUUCUCUCCAAGUUGGUUUCUUCAGUAGGACAGCUGGGUCCCGAUGCUACACAGGUGGCCUUGGCGGCUUACAGCUUCCGGGCACGUCCAUGGAUCCUCUUAAACCGCUCUAGUGAGCUUACCACCGUCCUGCAACAAAUUCGAAAUAUUCCAUUUGAGGAGCCAAGUGGAACCUCUAUAGGUGCCGCCAUAAACUUUGCAAAGAAUUAUCUGUUUACAACCGCCUAUGGACGGAGAAGGAACGUGCCUGGUGUUUUGGUAAUACUAGCAGAUGGAGCGUCAGGAGAUGAUGUGUUAGAAGCAGCUAAAUCUAUUAAAGAUACAGGUAUACGUGUUAUAGCCGUGGGUAUGAACGGAGCAGACCAAGAGCAGUUACGUCGAAUGGUCACUGGUCAGAGUCCUCGCAAUGUGUUUUACACCAGUGAUACUGCUAACCUGGACAGCCUUCUAGAUGGUGUGUCUGAAGCCAUUUGCACUGUAACCUCGGUGGAGGAACCUUGCACAGUUCAGUGUCCUCAGGGUGAAAGGGGCCCUAAAGGAGAAGCAGGUAGUCCUGGUCGCUCAGGAGCCACCGGACCCGCAGGACAACCAGGUCGAGAUGGUGACCGCGGUCCCCAAGGACCUGUUGGACCUCGUGGACCUCCUGGAGACAGCACAGCCUCCAGAGGACAGAAGGGAGAAACUGGAGAGCCAGGUACUGAUGGAAUUCCUGGAAGUCCUGGCCGUCCGGGCACUCCUGGAAAUGCAGGGACUCCGGGGAGUCCAGGUUCACCGGGAAAUAAAGGAGAUACGGGGGAUAGAGGUCCAGCUGGGCCUACCGGACCCAGAGGGGAGAGGGGGCUACCGGGCGAACCAGGUGAAGUAAUAGAUGGCGGGGGAGCUGUUCCAGGGCGAAAAGGAGAACCAGGAAACCCAGGAAUUCCUGGAACACCUGGAACACCAGGGCAAAGAGGCAUUCCUGGAAAUCCAGGUGCACAAGGGCCAGAAGGUCCAAGUGGGCCAACAGGUCUCCCGGGACAGUCUGUGAAGGGAGAGAAAGGAGAACGAGGUGAGAGGGGUCUCCCAGGAACAGUAAAUGGAGUGGCCAGCAAGGGUGAACCUGGAAGUCCAGGCACUCCGGGUAUAAAUGGCGUGCCUGGAGUGAGGGGACCGCCUGGUCUUGCAGGCCCUAAAGGAGAUAAGGGUGACACAGGAGAAGGCUUGCCCGGUCUUGCUGGAAGGACAGGAGAUCCAGGUGAUCGAGGACCUAGAGGACCACCUGGAGAACAAGGUUCCAAAGGUGACCGUGGAAUUCCUGGUCUGGAUGGUGAAAAUGGUGAAAAGGGAGAUCGUGGCCCAUCAGGCUUUCCAGGGCUAAAGGGAAACCCAGGACAAAGUGGUACACCAGGUCCUCCUGGAUUGGCGGGACAACCAGGUGGACCCGGAGCUAGAGGUGAAAAGGGAGAUCCAGGCACUCCCGGGGAACCCGGAAAAUCAACAUUAGGACUCCAGGGAGUGAAAGGUGACAAGGGUGGAGUGGGACCUGCGGGAUCUGAAGGUCCAAAAGGAUCAAUAGGUGACCCAGGAGACAAAGGAGAACGAGGAUCUCCGGGGUAUGGUAUACCUGGGAAGGAUGGGGCAAAAGGAGAACCAGGAGAAAGGGGGAAUGUUGGCCUUCCUGGGAAGUCUGGACCCAAGGGAGACCCAGGUGAUCCAGGACAGAAUGGAGAGCCUGGAAGAACUGGGCCGCCAGGACAGAUAGGUCUUCGUGGCAAGGAAGGAGAACGUGGAGAGAAAGGAGAAGAUGGGACUCCUGGUGAAGCAGGUAUUCCUGGCAAAAAUGGAGAAAGAGGACCUCGGGGUCUUCCAGGUUUGAGGGGCACAGCAGGAGAAAAGGGGGACCCAGGCGAACCUGGCGAAUCUGGAAGGGAUGGCAGCACUGGACCCGCGGGGAGUAAAGGUGACCGAGGUGAUCCCGGGCCACAAGGUGUUCAGGGGAUUCCGGGAAAACCAGGAACCGUUGAAUCUGUGCUUGCUGGCAUGAAGGGAGACAAGGGUGAUGAUGGAGACCCCGGAGAGAACGGUGCAAAAGGACCAAAGGGAGAAGCGGGUACAAGCGGUCUUCCCGGGGAGCGGGGCUUGGAAGGACCAAGGGGCCCUCCAGGGAUUCGGGGGGAACCUGGAGAUCGUGGUACACCAGGUGAAAAAGGAGACCGUGGUACACCUGGAAACGAUGGCAGAAAUGGCUUGGAUGGAAAACCUGGGCAGCCAGGACCAGCGGGGCAGAGAGGAGAUUCUGGUAAACCAGGUGAUCCCGGAAGAGAUGGUCUACAAGGACUACGAGGAGAACAAGGACCUCCAGGACCAGUCGGGCCACUAGGACCACCAGGCGUACCUGGCAAACCUGGGGACGAUGGGAAACCUGGAUUAAAUGGGAAAAAUGCAAAAGAGGGAACUCCUGGAGAAGAUGGAAGAAAGGGUGACAAGGGUGAAUCUGGCUCUCCCGGCAGAGAUGGUCGAGAUGGUUCCAAGGGAGUUCAGGGAGAUAUAGGUCCUAUUGGUCCACCAGGGCCACCUGGUGUUGCAGGACUUCCAGGACAAAUUGGUCCCCCUGGACAGGGAAUACCAGGAAUUGCUGGGCCCAUGGGACUCAAGGGAGACAGAGGGGAACCAGGGUUCAAAGGUGAACAGGGAAGUCCUGGAGCAACAGGUCAGAAAGGGGAGUCAUCAGGCGGUCCUCAAUUCGACAAACUCAUGGCUAGUAAGGCUCCAUUGUUGAAAAAGAUAAUUGAUGACUACGAAGAUACGGGCCUGGUCAUUCCAGAUAAGAAAGUGAAAGGAGAAAGGGGGGAACCAGGAGAGAAGGGGCUACCGGGGAAAGAUGGCACAAUGGGCUUCCCUGGGGAACGAGGACUUAAAGGUGAUAAAGGUGAUCAAGGACUCCCGGGUCCACAAGGUCAAACUGGACGUGCCAUUGGAGAGAGGGGCCCUGAAGGUCUACCUGGACCACCUGGAGACGCAGGAAAACCGGGCAUUCCUGGGGUUCCUGGUAGGAGUGGAGAAACUGGGGAUCAGGGAAAGCCAGGGGAUAAGGGAGACAGAGGAGAUAAAGGUGAACGAGGGGAAAGUGGUAUAGAUGGCUCCAGGGGGCCAACUGGACCACCAGGCCCUAAGGGUGAAGUUAUAGAAGUGAUUGCCAGUGGAUUUCCAGGAGAGAGAGGAUUACAAGGUCAAAAGGGAGCCAAGGGAGAUGCCGGUGCGGAUGGAGAGAAAGGAGCCAAAGGAGAUAAGGGUCCCGAUGGUCCAAAAGGGGAUAGAGGUGACCCCGGUGAGAAAGGCAGAGAUGGAAGUCCAGGUGCUACAGGAGAGAGGGGAUUGGCUGGGCCUGAAGGAAAACCAGGUUUGCCAGGGUUUCCCGGAGUUCUCGGCCGACCGGGCAACCCAGGGGAGCCUGGUGCACAGGGCCCUCCAGGUCUUCAGGGCAUUGCUGGAAUAAAGGGUAAUCCAGGCGAGCCAGGUCCCAGUAUUCGGGGGCCGCCUGGUCCACAGGGCAUUGCUGGGCCCCCAGGACUUCCUGGACCACCAGGGCUGAAUGGACCUCAAGGACCAUCUGGUGUUGCAGGCCAAGCGGGUGAAGCUGGAAAACCUGGUGUUCCUGGGAGAGAUGGCCUACCAGGCAAAGAUGGAGAUCCAGGACUUCCUGGAAAAAUGGGUCUUCCAGGUCUAUCUGGUCCACCAGGUUUCAAAGGAGAAAUUGGAGAAGCAGGAACUCCAGGAGAAUUUGUUGUUGGAGCUCCUGGAAUCAAAGGAGAAAAGGGUGCCCCAGGCGAUCAAGCAGGAGAAAUACAAGGUCUGCCAGGAGAGAAAGGAGACAGAGGGGUACCUGGUGUAAGAGGAGAUAAGGGAGAGUCUGGUAAAAAAGGAGAGACUGGCGAUCCAGGUGAAGAUGGUGCCAAAGGUCCCCCUGGUCCUAGGGGUGAAAAGGGUGCAACUGGAGUAGGCUUGCCUGGACCUCCAGGACAAAUUGGACCCCAAGGUUUAAAGGGAGACGUUGGUUUGCCAGGGUCCCCGGGACCACCAGGCCUGCAAGGAAUUGCAGGUCCAUCUGGUCAACCUGGAUUACGAGGAGAACUUGGACUGGCUGGCCCCCCUGGACCACCCGGAGAGAGGGGUCAAAAUGGAUUCCCUGGCAGAGAAGGAAAUUCAGGACCGCCAGGACCUCCUGGUGCUUCUGGCCCACUGGGGCCUCUGGGACCAUCUGGACUUAAGGGUGAUAAGGGAGAUCCAGGAAUAGGCCAGAUUGGCCUCCGUGGAGAACGGGGAGAUCCAGGCCCAAGGGGUGAGGAAGGCCGUCCAGGGUUAGAAGGAGACCGUGGACCUCCAGGGCCUUCUGGAAACAGAGGAGAACGAGGAGACAAGGGAGACUCGGGUCCAAUGGGAGUAAAAGGAGACAAGGGGGAUACGCUGACCAUUGAAGGACCAUCUGGUCCGAAAGGAAAUAAGGGCGAGCUGGGAGAAAGAGGAGUUAAAGGUUCAGAAGGUGAAAAGGGUGACAAAGGAGACCAGGGUCUGAGCGGAGAAAAGGGAGGCAAAGGUGACCCUGGAGAUAAAGGUGCCACUGGUUUUAUUGGAGCACGAGGUCCCAGCGGUCAAAAGGGAGAAUCCGGUGAACCUGGCUUACCUGGAGAGUCUGGGCUGCCUGGCAAAGAUGGCAUUCUUGGAGGACGUGGAGAAAAAGGAGACCCUGGUUUUAAUGGACAGAGGGGAGCAAAGGGAGACCGUGGUAUAAAAGGACUUUGUGGACAAGAUGGUGAGAAAGGUGACAAGGGUGAUAUUGGCAUGCAUGGCCGUCACGGAGUUCCUGGAAGAAAGGGUGAUGCGGGUGAACCUGGAAUUCCGGGACACGCGGGUUUGCCUGGGAAGGAGGGACUUCCAGGAGCCAAGGGUGAUCGAGGUAUGGAAGGAUUACAAGGAAUUAAAGGAGACCAAGGUGAAAAGGGAGAUAGAGGUGUUGUUGGAUCAGUUGGCCCUGCAGGCCCUAGAGGAAACGAUGGACCGGCUGGACCUGCUGGAAGUCCUGGUCUUGUGGGUUCUAAAGGCCCUGAAGGUCUUCAGGGGCAGAAGGGUGAAAGAGGUCCACCUGGGGAAGCUAUUGUAGGACCACGUGGACUUCCUGGCAUUCCCGGGGAACGAGGAGACCAGGGUCAUGUUGGACCUGAUGGUAACAAAGGAGACAAGGGGUCUCCAGGUAUGACGGAAGAAGAAAUUCGAGGUUUUGUCAAACAAGAAAUGAGCCAACAUUGUGCCUGCGGAGGUCAGUUGAAAUUUCAUGUAACUCCUGUGGGUAACUUCACAAAAGCAUUAGAGUACAUGUGUUCAAUCAGCUGGUUAUAUAGGUUAAAACAAAUCCUGUAAGCUUGCAACAUUCUAAAUGAGCCUAGGUCUUAUAUAAAAGGAUGGGUCCCAGUAAGUUACAUUGUUUGUAUAUUUUACAUGGGACCCUGCAGAAUAUUGACCCUCUUGACCAUCAUGAGAUGAUUUUAGUGCCUGGACCCAGAAGUGCCACUGUCUGCAACAUUCAGCUCCCCAAUAUAAGUUCUACAUUGGUGUUCGGUUCAGUAUGGAAGUGAGUUACGGACAUCAUCAGAGAAAUUCCUCUUUAAGGAAG